CAAACAACCACGGAUCAGGAUUCCCUGCUUCUGAUGCUUGAUUCGUCCAGCAAACAAGUCCCCAAAAGCGGCAGCCCCAAAGAGGUCUCAUUAGUCUCUUUUGUCUCUCGCUCAACCUCUCGGUAUCUCACGCGGCCAUGGCGAAGAACAUUCUAGUCACCGGCGGUGCCGGCUAUAUCGGAAGCCACACUGCACUUCAGCUCCUGUUGGGAGGAUUCAAAGCUGUCGUCGUCGAUAACCUCGACAACUCCUCUGAUGUCGCCAUUAAGAGAGUUACUGAACUCGCUGGCGAGUUUGGCAAGAAUUUGGAGUUUCAUCAGAUUGACCUUCGGGACAAACCAGCACUAGAAAAAGUUUUUGCUUCAACAAAUUUUGAUGCCGUUAUUCAUUUUGCUGGAUUGAAAGCCGUUGGUGAAAGUGUGCAGAAACCUCUUCUUUAUUAUAAUAACAACCUUAUUGGCACAAUAAAUCUCUUAGAAGUCAUGGCUGCCCAUGGGUGUAGAAAGCUUGUUUUUUCUUCAUCAGCUACUGUUUAUGGAUGGCCAAAAGAGGUGCCAUGUACAGAAGAGUUUCCCCUAUGUGCAGUGAACCCAUAUGGACGAACCAAGCUGUUCAUUGAGGAGAUUUGCCGUGACAUCUACCGGUCUGACUCUGAGUGGAGCAUUAUAUUGCUCAGAUAUUUCAAUCCAGUUGGAGCUCAUUCUAGUGGCUAUAUUGGUGAGGAUCCACGUGGAAUUCCAAACAAUCUUAUGCCUUUUGUACAGCAAGUUGCUGUAGGCAGGCGACCAGCACUAACAGUAUUUGGAAAUGACUACAAAACCAAGGAUGGCACUGGGGUUCGUGAUUAUAUUCAUGUUGUUGACUUGGCUGAUGGGCACAUUGCUGCAUUGCGCAAGUUAUUUGACUGUAAAUUAGGCUGUGAAGUGUACAACUUAGGAACUGGAAAAGGAACCUCAGUCCUGGAAAUGGUUGCUGCAUUUGAGAAGGCUUCUGGAAAGAAAAUCCCUCUGGUUAUGGCUGGGCGGCGACCUGGUGAUGCUGAGAUUGUUUAUGCGUCAACUGAAAAAGCAGAGCGUGAACUUAACUGGAAAGCAAAAUAUGGGAUUGAAGAGAUGUGUAGGGAUCAAUGGAACUGGGCGAGCAAGAAUCCUUAUGGCUAUGGUUCACCUGAUUCCACUAGUUGAUCAUAAAAGGGUAUAAUCUAGUUUCUUUUAAUCUAGAUCUUGUCCAUAUCCUGCUCUUUUCUAUGCUCCUUUAUUUGUGAUUUUAUAAGGAAUGAUAUUACAGAUGACCUCUGUUCCAGUGUGUGGUGGGAGUGAAUGAAUUUAUCCACCCUCUUGUGUGCACCAAAGAGAGUUUGUAAUGCAGAACUUUGAGGCUUUUCCUGAAUGGCCUCUGUUCCAGUGAUGGUGGGAGUAAAUGAGCUUACCCACACUGACAUUAUUAUACGAGUUAAAUGUUAUGUGAAGGUUCAUGAGAUUUAGAUA